CCGCAUCCCGCUCAGGGCGCACCGGACGCCGCCGCCGCCGCCGAGGGAGGGGCCCGCGCACAAACGGAGUCCCAGCGGCACGCCAGCAUCAGACGCCGAGACAGCGCCGCACGGAGCGCACGAAAAGGGGAGCGCAAUGCUGGUGGCGGCGCGAGACAUGUCCUUGGUGCAUGUUGGGCUCCUGCUGCUGUGGUGCGUCGCCGCGAUGCAAGCCACAGGCAUCGCCGUCGCAUCGCCCAUCGUGGGAAAGCAAUACCUCAUUCAAAAUCCCAACCCAUAUUUCCGGUUAGAGCAUCCAAGUUCCGGGGGUGACUGCAUAUUCCAGAAGUCCGUGGAGGGAGAGUACACAUUCAUCUCGACGGGCAACGACGCCGUGUGUGCCCUGUACGUCAUCGCGGACCCAGAGUACGUGGUCGAGUUCGAGAUACUGCGCUUCGACGUCAGCUGCACCAAGGGAGGCCUCCUCACUGUGUUUGACGGCUGGGAGAACAACGGCGAGUACUUUCCGAGCCAGGAUGACCACCCAAAGCCGAUGGACCAGCGGUUCUCUGAGUUCUGCGGGCCCAUCAAGCCCUGGAAGCCGUUCGUCACUUCGCAGAACGUCGGCAUCGUCCUCUUCAGGGUGCCCACACGCGGGAACUACUUCUCCGUCCUCGUAUCGUUUAGGAAAAACCCGAAGCCCUGUAACGUAAUGCUGCUUCCACUGUCAGACAGCCCCAUCUACACGCUACGCAACUACGGCCGACGAGCGAAUUGCAGCGCCGCCUUCAUCUACCCCAUGAACUUUCGUAUUCUCGCCACCAGCAUCGGCUCGCAGUCGCUCUCCGGAACCGGAAACCUCGAGUUCGAGACGGGACUCAUCACAAAGUGCAGGAAACGCGGCGUGCGAGAUUACGCCGAAUUCAUGGGUGGUACCGGCCUAGGCAUGGACGGCAUGAUGGUCAUACAGGAUGUAUGCGGCCUUGACUCCCUUCCAAGUAAGAAAGCCAUAGGGAUUCCAUGCGGGACGACUGCCGUGCGCCUGGUCUCCACGGGCAGCUUCGAGGACUCCAUCACUUUCGGUUACGAGCCCAUCAUCGAGAGAGAGCGUGUGCGUCUGUGUGCCAAGGCCCUAAUGACGGUGUGACGCUACUGACUAUUGACAGAGUGAAGAUUGACAACUGUUCGAGAUGGACACUGCACGUGUUCGAGGCGCAACUGUACCGGGAAGAAACCACAGAAGGAAAAAAAAAUAUCCAAUGCCUGCGACACCGGACUAAGCGACAUCUCGACGUUCCUCCCGCGCUUAAGUUACUUAGGCUCCCGUCAUGUGACCUCGCUUGUUCAAUGAUAAUGUAAAUAAUCCGCUCUUUUUCCGGGUUGUUUUGUUGUCUGUUUGCUUCUUGCCCGUUUCACAAAACAUAGGCGCUUCGCAACAGCUUUUGCAGUUGAACGGACAUGUACUUGUUCGCAGAGCAACCAGCGGACUGUUAAAUUCGUACUAAGAUCUGAUGCAGCCCCUGAACGCGUGGAAGUUUAAUCACUGUUUUACCGAUAUGUGCAUGCUCAAGUAACUUCGAGGAUAAUAUUGCAAGUUUGCUAUGCAUAGCAAGUCCAUCACUUGGGAUGAUAAUUUAUAGACGCAAAGGCCAGGGAUGGCGAAAAAGCGUCAAAAUCAAUCGCGUGGAUACUUAUGAACGCUGAAUCCAAAUACACGCCUAAGUGGCUGUUCUUUACUGGUUAUAAAUGUCUCUCGAAAUGGUUAAAAUGCAGAACGAACGUUCUUCUUCGUAUACAUUAUAAAGGACGCAUAAUAUUAGCAAUAAUUUUUUUUAUUUUGCGAGCUCAUUCUGUUGCUGUUGAAUACGUUUAUCUUCUCUCUGGUCUUAAGGCAUACAGUGCAGCAUCCUUGAACCUUUCAAGCAAAUGAAGACAAUAUUUGAAUAUAUCUUGAAGGCAUAGCAUCAAAACAGAGGUUUCAAGUUUUGCAUCGGUCACUUCGUAUUCAAACCUGCGUGCGUGCAUUUCCGAGAAGGUCGCGGGAAGUUAAUGUUGGCGCCUGAAGGUAUAUCUCCCUGUCAGUUCUCGAUUGCAUCUGUUGUUCAACCAUUUCCUCCACGCAUGAUCUGUGUGCACGUAAUGAUGUCUUCAACAGCUCAAAUAGUGCAAGGACAAAAAGAGAGUAAAAUAUUUGUUCCUUCAAAACACGCUUCGAGCAAACUGAGCAUAAGAAAAGAACAAAAGCGAAGUUCAAAUUUUACUGUCAUCGUUUUAGGGCGUGAUAGAAUGUAGUACUUCACUAUUUUAAAUAACCGUUUGACGGAGACAGUUUAAGGUUAUUACUCUGCAACGUAUUGCACGUAACAACGGCUCAUUCAUUAAGCUACGAAACAAUCGACCACUCAACGAACCCCUGGCGCUGUUGACGAGGAAGCAAAUCCCUGGACAGGGAUGUAAGUAUGCACAUCAGUUCGCGGAAAGUUAUAGUUUUGGCGUGUAAAUGUUCGCAAAUUUCAGUUUACUUCGUACUGUUGUUACUUCUCGUCAAUUUCCGUCUGCAGCGAACUAUUCAGUACACCCACACCUUCCAAAUGGGUGACUCACGGUAUAUAUUCAGUCUAAAAAAAAAGACUGCUUUGACUCUUUUUGUGAGUUCUGACUUUCCACGUAUAUGACUCUCUUUAAAGAGACACGUGAACUCUCUUUGGAGAUCAUUGUAUUCUUGUGGGAGAGUCGUGUGGCCCAAGAGAGAGUUGACGUUACUCUUUAAAGAGAGUCAUGUACGUGGCAAGUCAGGACUCACUGAAAAGAGUAACACAUACUCCUUUUUAGGGUACUGUAUGGCUUUGUUGCAUUCCAAACGUAAGAAUUCGAAUGAACGACACCCAGAUCCAGGCCAUGAACUGAGCUAGAGGCGUCACCGUCAAACAAUGCAUGACGGUCAUGCGACCCGCCUAAUCAUUGCACCGAACGCUGACGAAAUCAAGUUUUUAAUUACCAGUACCACGUUAUACUAUACAGAACUGCUAAAGCAAACAAAGCGUAGGACAUUUGAUCACGGAACUGUAGAAACAAGAGGGUAGACAAGGCUCUUCCCCCCGAAACGAACGGUAGCACCAAGCACCGACAGAGCAGAAAAGUGCGUCGUCGGUGUAUCACUACUGCACGAGUAAUAAAUUUCCUAAGCUUUAAGUACGACAAUCAUAGCCGGCGUUCUUCGUUUCUGAACUGCCGUUCCAGCGUCCAGAAAUUAUUCGUCAAUUGAGAAUCAGCCAGUUGUGUUUCGUCUCGCAACUCUGUUAAUCUGUGUUAUUUUUUUCCUUGGCUUGAGGUGGCUUACCGAAUGAAAUUACGAGCCGCGCAGGGCACGGAAGGGAGUGACAUUCCUUCAGACCUCAAUAGCUGUUAACAGUUUUAAGACCAUUUUCGUAUUUUUUUUCAAGUUCUACUACAGCGACGGAGUCCAGUAGCCUCCUUCAUGUGCAGCUUCUCCUAUUAAAACAACCGCUAUGGUAUUCACUGCAAAGGGAUUUAUGAUUUGUCACAAAGCUUGCCGCGAUCUUUCUAAGUUGCGACAGCGUGGAAGCUGGCCACACUAACUGAACCAAGAAGUGUACAGGAAACAAGAAGCAACGAACAAAAAACUAACUUUUCUAUCUGAUUGACUUCCUCUACAUCCAUAAAUACAAGCGAGUUGACUUAUAUAGCAUACGCAUCACGAAUGCUACAUUACAUAUUACAAAAAAAAUGCUAAAUUUAUAGUGGGUGAUAGCGUAUAUCAACGGAUAGUUUUCCGAAGUAAUCAUCUGAGCUCUGCGACGACGCUGAACGAGGCGACACUUCGAAAUGCCGAGUUAUCACUAAAUAUCGCAUGUCUUUAUUGGCGUCCGCGCUUAUCGCCUCACUCUACGCCGACGCAGAGUUAGGCAGAUAGCAGCCGAAGCUUGCGGAGGCUUCGUGCCGUGAUUCACCAUGUCGGUACCUAAGACACUUCGCUCAAAAAUUGAUGCCGUUUCAACGCAACGGGAGCCGUAGAUGCUCCUCUCGGUACCCAGCAAUGAGCUCAUCGCUGGAGUGAACCAAUCCGUGUGCUUCUAUGUUCCUGGAGUAUUCACACUGACUUCACACCUUCGACUAUCUUUCCGUGGCUGAAAACGCGGUGCCCUCAAAGCUAGCAAGGUAGACGAACAAAGCUGCGCUGAUACUAAAGUCAGUGCGGUCAAAUGUGAUGACCUUUCAGCGGGCACGACUAGCAGAGAGAUAAACUUUUAGCGAUAUUACAGUAAGUCCCAGAGCGCGUUCAUUUUCCUUAUUUGUUUUUUCCCCCGAAGAGUGUAUUAAAACGAAGCACUCAUUCGCGAGCACCUGCAUCAGUUCGAUUGACGGGAACGGGGUAACCCGCGCUCAAGCGGGGCGCGCUACCGACAAGUGGUGACUGCCGAUGGUGGGAAACACUGUGUAUCCAUACCUAUGAACAGCUGCACAAGUGUCGUUAGUGACGUUUGGCCUCCUGCUUCUUUUUUUCUUGGAAAUGCGAAAAAAAAAGGCGACGAUUUACCUUGUUCCUGUUGUGUUCCCCUUUGUCCCCUUUUAAUCCUGUACAGCGAGUGUGCACAGCGCGCCAAUGGUGGAAGUUGUUGUCUCAUUCCCGUGUGACUAUAGUUGUUUCGAGGACGCAAGAACACAAUGUACGAAUAAAGAUUUCCUAAA